GUCAAACAUCCAUUUCAUUCCGCGUCGUGUCCGUUCUGGACGUGUCUUCGGGAGCUGACGCGUCAAAUCACGCCGGGGACCCUGCCAGACAAGCUAACGGCUAGCACCUGUUAGCAAACAGAAGAGCAGCUAGCCGCACAGCCGGGCACACCGUAAUAUUUUGACUUUAAGCGAUAUCCUGUCACGAGCGAACCAGCAACCUAUCGCGACACAACUACUAACAUUUCACGGAUGUUGUGCACUAUAAAUGUCAAGAAAAAUCCAGCUGUCGUUUGAAAAGGACCGGAUUUCAAGGUUUUAACAUUAUGUUCGCUGACUGGCCUGUGGAUCGCUAAGUGAUGCGCAGUCCUCUGUUAAUGUGCACUAACGCGACACGGUAGUUCGAGCAGCCGUUCACCAGCCCGCCGCAUGCCCGGUACCUGCCGCCAUCGGAACAUUUGGAAGGUAGUUGUCCUACAGCUAAAUUAUGGGAGUAGGAGAUGAGCGGAACUUUUUCUGGCUCUAGGUAGUGUCACUGGCCUUGCUGGCACCGCACCAGAAACCCACGAACUAACCCCGCGAACUAACCUACACUUUGUCCCGACUCGGGAGACCAGUUAGCUCACCUGGUCUCUCGCCCCAGCCCAUUACAAACACGGCGUACAGAACGUACUGGGAAGCCGCUCCCAGCCAGACACACCGGCUCAACAACACCGUCAUGGGGGUGCAGGGGUUUCAAGAGUACUUGGAGAAGCGGUGCCCCGGGGCCGCGGUCCCCGUCGACCUCCUCAAGCUUGCUCGUACGGCGGCCCGCCAGCCACCUCACCAUCAUCACCCACACCACCACCCACACCAUCCCGGGCCCAUGCCUCCCCCGCCGGCCAGGAUCCUAAUCGACGCUGACUCCAGCCUCCAGCGGCUGUAUGGCGGCUACCAGACGGACUGGGUGUGCGGAGGCGAGUGGAACGCCAUGCUGGGCUACCUGGCUGCCCUGUCGCAGGCCUGUCUGUAUCAGGGUGGCCUGGAGCUCGUGGUGGUUUUCAACGGCACUCUGGGGAAGGAGCGCUGGCCCGAGUGGGCGCGGCGAGCCCAGGGCCAGCGACAGACGGCGCAGCUGAUCGUCAACCACGUCGGCAGCAAGGCCACCCCGCCCCCCCGGGCAUGGUUCCUGCCUCCGGCCUGCCUCAGCCACUGCGUCCGCCUCGCCAUGUUCCGCUUCCGAGUGCGGGUUGUACAGACUUUGGAGGACCACCACCAGGAAGUGCUGUCUCUCUACAGGGACUUUGGAUUCUCUGGCUUGAUUGCUCAGGACUCCGAGUUUGCCCUCUGCAACGUGCCUGCCUAUUUUUCUUCACACGCACUCAAACUAAGCUGGAACGGCAAGAACCUGACCACACAUCAGUAUCUGCUCUCAGAGGCUGCCAGGCAGCUUGGGCUGAAAACGCAACACCUGCCACUUUUUGCUGCUCUGCUGGGAAAUCAUAUUCUGCCUGAUGAAGACCUGGCUGCCUUCCACUGGAGUCUGCUAGGACCAGAACACCCACUUGCUUCCCUCAAGGUGCGAGCCCAUCAGUUGGUGCUGCCACCAUGUGAAGUUGUGAUCAAAGCUGUCUCAGAAUUCGUCUCCUCCAUCAAAGAACUGGGAAACCUUGAUGCCAUCGCCAGGGAUGUCUUCAAACAAUCACAGUCACGUAUGGAGGACAAGGUGGAGCGAUUCAAAAAAGCUGUGGAGUACUUUUCAGCUGCCUCCAAACCACGCUCGCCAAACAUGGGGCCGUCUUCUUUUAUUUUACCUGGGUUUGGACCCACACUGUUUGGGGGACCACCUGGCCACAUGGGACCGAUGCCUCUUGGAAAGAAUCAGUUUCUUCCACCCCAGGGUCCAGGGAUAAAGCCACCUUUUCAAAAUGCUCCUUUUGGACCUGGUUCCACCCAACUGUUCCACACCCCCCAGCAGCCAUCUCAGGACUGCAAUGACUCACUGACGACUAAAAUGGGCUUCUCCGACUGGUCGGCUCCAUACGACUCAACGCAGGGUGGAAGUCGGUUACCCAAUCAUCACACCAGCACUCAGUCUGGUCCCUCUCCGUCUCCCUCUUCAUCAUCAGAUGGAGAUGAACCAAGUGACAACAACCCAAACCAUUUGACAGACAAAUCUUCUCGGUGGGAGGAUCCUGGUGGAAGAGGGGGCUCUGGAGAUGGUUCUCAAGGCAAUGGGAGUGGGUCAAACAUUCCGUCACUGUUGUCAAUGGCAACACGAAGUCACAUGGACAUAACCACGCCCCCUCUGCCUCAGGUCAGUGCUGAGGUUCUUCGUGUAGCUGAACACAGACACAGAAGAGGACUAAUGUACCCCCAGAUUUACCACAUUUUGACAAAGGGAGAGAUGAAGAUGCCGGUGUGUAUAGAGGACGAGUGUAACUCUGAGCUGCCUCCUGCCUCUCUGCUGUUUCGUGCUGCCAGGCAGUAUGCAUACGGCGUCCUCUUCAGUCUGGCUGAAACGCACCGCCGCUUGGAAAGACUCUCUCUUCGUAAGAGAACUUCCCUGGAAGUUCCCCCAGUGAUUGUGAAGGAAUGGGUCUGUGGUAAGGCCAAGUCAGCCUUGACUCCAGAGCUGGUUCCGGCCCUGUGUUUUCGAGAGUGGACCUGCCCCAACCUGCGACGGCUAUGGUUGGGUCGUGCCAGCGAAGACCGGUCCAGGCGAACCAGAGCCUUCCUGGCAUGUCUCCGCUCUGACUGCCCAGCCCUCCUAAACCCAGCACAAGUCCCGCAGCAUCUCCUGCUCAUGUGCUGCGUGCUCAGGUAUAUGAUGCAGUGGCCUGGUGGAAGGAUCCUCCAGAGACACGAGCUUGACGCCUUCCUGGCCCAAGCUGUUUCCAGUCAGCUCUAUGAACCUGACCAACUCCAGGAACUCAAGGUUGAGAAGGUGGAUGCCCGCGGCGUGCAGCUUGCUGCUCUCUUUAUGGCUGGUGUUGACACCGCGUUAUUCAUCAAUGAUGUCUGCGGCCAGCCAUUGCCAUGGGAACACUGCUGCCCCUGGGGCUUCUUUGAUGGCAAAUUAUUCCAGAGCAAACUGGCCCGGGCUGCCCGUGACCGCGCUGCUUUGCUGGACAUGUGUGAGGGACAGGAGGAACUGGUUUCAAAGGUUGAGAAGAUGCGUCAGGCAAUCCUUGAGAGCAUCAACCUCUCUCGCCCUCCUCCUCCUCCUCCUCCUCUUCCACCUCCUGCCUUCCUCCCUCCUGCCAUGGUGCCCCCCUUCUAUCCAAUGCCCCUCUACCCACCCCGCCCUAUGGGUGGCAUGCCUACUCAUCAUCACCCACACCAUCCACAUCACCCUGCCCAGCACAGACCCAGAGCUUUCCCAGGCAUUCAGUCUAUCCCUCCUCAAGGAGGUAAACUGGAGAUAGCUGGCAUGGUGGUUGGCCAGUGGGCAGGGAACAAACCUGUCCGUGGCAGGGGAGGCUUCAACAUGCAGGUGGUGUCAGUGGGCACAGGAAAAGGAAGGGGAAAGGAGAUUCCAGCAAAAGUGAAGGGAGGGAAAAAGGUAGCUGCCAACAGAACACAGACAUCAUCCCCCCCAGCCGGCAGUCCCUCGAAGCCUCCAGAGGAGGUGGGCUCCAUGCCAGAGAUUACAACUCAGCAGCUGAACGGCAGCUCAUCAGCCUCUGCCAUCGACCAGCCCCUGGAGCUGGUCCCUCUGGUCCAGCCAAUCCCGUGUGCCUUAGCCAGCAAAGACAACCAAUCAGAGGGGUUGGAGGUGGAGGGCCCCUGUUGCCUUGACGACUGCCCGUCAGACGAAGCGCUACAAAAGGAGGAGUGAUGUCAUUCUUUCCAGGAUGCACCGCUCUCAGAGAGUUGUUUGUGUUUGACUGCCUUUCCCCCCUUUUGUUUUUUAUUUGUUGCCCUGUCUGCUAACCUCAUGCUAAAUCACAUGGAGCAGGAAGUGGGGCAACAACUCAUUGCUUCACUUCCUGCCCCAUCUGAUCGACUGAAGCAGUUAGCUGUUUCUCCCCUGAUUUUGCUCAUGUGGUUUUACAACGUUUCAUAAAAAGAGUUUUCUCCAUGAGUUCAUAAGCGCCCCACUCCUUAAAAAAGAAAAAGAAUCCUAAAUGUCGCUUUCUUGCACUCGAAGCUAAAAAGGCUUGAAGUUUUUGUCCCGUUUCUCAGCCCACCAUCUAAUGAGCCCUGUAGCCCCUCAGCAGGGAUGUCUGUACAGCUCGAGGUUUUUAUUGUUUGCUUUUAAUGGUCCCAUUAGUUGGAAUUCUGCACGAUUGUUGAGGAUGCGGCUCUGGUGAUGGAUCAGAGGUGGUUUCCAUGGUUACAGUUGCCACGCCUUGUCGCUGUGGUCACUGUUGGAUUGAUGGGGCUUGUUGCCAUAGAGGAGUUUGUCUGACGUGAACUGAUAGUUGAGCUCUGGUGAGAAUAAUUUCAACACAGUGGUGUACCGUUCCUCUGUGCAGUGACCCCCGCCCCAUGCACACAGUGAUAGAUUGUGUGCUAGCGCAAGCCCCCACUUUAUCAAUUGAUUGGUUAUCUAUCACUGGAGCACUUGUGCACCAUCAUGGUUAUAGUGUGCUAUCUUAUUUUGACCUAUGUAGCCUAGUCCUUAGAUGUGCUAAGAAACCCCAUAAAUUGAUGCACCUUAAGCCCUGAAGUAUGCAAGAUAGUCCUUUGUCUUUUUGUCCCAAAGCUUUGAUUGUAUUAGCCCAGCAGAAGCACUUAAUGAUGUAUUUAAACAUGAUCAAUCUAAUUAA